CUUGCCUUUCUUUCUUCUUUCCUCCUCUAUUUCAAAAACAUUUCCUCACACACACUCUCUCUCUCUCUCUUGAACCCUCGCAUUCUCUCCAUCAAACACACCCUCGUUUUCUCAAAGGUUGUAGAAGAUGGCAGAAGCUGAGGAUAUCCAGCCACUUGUUUGUGACAAUGGAACAGGAAUGGUUAAGGCUGGAUUCGCUGGGGAUGAUGCUCCCCGAGCUGUGUUCCCUAGCAUUGUGGGUCGGCCACGACACACUGGUGUGAUGGUUGGCAUGGGCCAGAAAGAUGCGUAUGUUGGUGAUGAAGCUCAAUCCAAGAGAGGUAUCUUGACCUUGAAAUACCCUAUUGAGCAUGGUAUUGUGAGCAACUGGGAUGACAUGGAAAAGAUCUGGCAUCAUACCUUCUACAAUGAGCUUCGUGUUGCCCCAGAAGAGCACCCAGUUCUCCUUACUGAGGCUCCUCUCAACCCUAAAGCUAACCGUGAGAAGAUGACCCAAAUUAUGUUUGAGACCUUCAAUACUCCUGCUAUGUACGUCGCCAUUCAGGCCGUGCUUUCACUUUAUGCCAGUGGUCGUACAACCGGUAUUGUUUUGGACUCUGGAGAUGGUGUCAGCCACACAGUCCCCAUUUAUGAGGGUUAUGCCCUCCCACAUGCCAUUCUUCGUCUUGACUUGGCUGGCCGUGACCUCACUGAUCACUUGAUGAAAAUUCUGACUGAGCGUGGGUAUUCUUUCACCACCACAGCUGAGCGGGAAAUUGUGAGGGACAUGAAGGAAAAGCUGGCAUACAUUGCCCUUGACUAUGAGCAGGAGCUAGAGACCUCCAAAACGAGCUCAGCAGUAGAGAAGAGCUACGAGUUACCUGAUGGUCAGGUUAUUACCAUUGGUGCUGAGCGUUUCAGAUGCCCAGAAGUGCUUUUCCAACCAUCCAUGAUUGGUAUGGAAGCUGCAGGCAUCCACGAGACCACAUACAACUCCAUCAUGAAGUGUGAUGUGGAUAUCAGGAAAGACUUGUAUGGUAACAUUGUUCUCAGUGGUGGUUCAACCAUGUUUCCUGGUAUCGCUGACAGAAUGAGCAAGGAGAUCUCUGCACUAGCUCCCAGCAGCAUGAAGAUCAAGGUGGUUGCCCCACCUGAGAGGAAGUACAGUGUCUGGAUUGGAGGCUCAAUCUUGGCUUCCCUCAGCACCUUCCAACAAAUGUGGAUCGCCAAGACAGAGUACGACGAGUCAGGUCCAUCAAUUGUCCACAGGAAAUGCUUCUAAAUGUUUUUGAUUUGAGAAAUAGGGUCAAAGAGAGAAAGUAACGUAUCACCAUUUUCUGGUGCAGCUUGGAACUUUGCUUUGUUCUAGCUUUGUUAUCCAUCUAUGUUUGUUCUCAUGUUGGAGUGACGAUGAACUUUGAGAAAGCGAGGGGGUUUGAUUGUGGUCCAAUUCUUUAAUGGCUAUUUAAUGUCAGAAGUUUUUGACUAUUUAUAUCUGA